AUGCAUUUAAUAACCCAUCUGGCUCAAUUUCAGGAAGAAGGUGAACAAGUAGAGAAAAAAGUAGAGGAGGAUCGUCGAUACUUUACGCAGGCGGCCAUUGUGCGUAUCAUGAAGUCGCGCAAGACAUGCAAGCACACAAUGCUCGUUAACGAUGUUAUCGACAUGGCCAAAGGACGUUUUAAACCACCCGUUUCCCUAAUCAAACGAUGUAUCGAGGUACUUAUUGAAAAGGGUUAUCUGGAACGCAAUCCCGACGACGCCGACGAGUACAACUACCUGGCCUGA